AUGGCCGACUUGAUGAAUAGCGUCAAAAGCAUAGUGGAGAAGAAGACAUCUCUCCGCGGUGGCUAUUUCAGGCCAGCGGUACUUAUGUUGGGUAGCUGUACCCCCGAACCUCCUGAGCAGAGAGUAGUGAUGGAUACUGUGACGUUCUUGUACAACAAUGGAGUGAGAAUGUAUUAUGGGAGUGUUGGCAAUAAAGUCGACCUGAACUACAUGAUGGGCAUCGCCUGGAAAGAGAUGACAUUCUAUCUGUCGCCUGAUUUGAAUGAAGAACAACUGAAGGAGAGGACAGAUUUCGUAAUGACAAGGAUAGCAGAAGAUGGUAAAUGCAAAUUGGAGCAAGCAAUGAGUGAAAACACUUGUACAGCCAUCACAUGUGGGCAAGGCUACACGUGGAAUGGAAAAAUGUGCACAGAAGGAAGACAAUUAAAUGUCAAAGUGGACCUCAUCUUACAAUUAGAUGCCUCGAGCUACACCGGACCAGUUUUCUACAAGGAAAUGACUGAGGUACUGAAACAACUUGUUGACUACUUUACCAAAAACGUUCCCCAGCUGCAAAUCGUUGUGGUAUAUUAUGCAUCCCAAGCAUCAAGUACGAGUCUCCUAGACGCCGGUCGACUGGACCUACUGGCGACGUUCAAGCAGAAAAUAGCCAGACUGCCCUACCAAGGAAGUUUACCGAAGGUUACCGCAGCCCUUGACGAAAUUGUAAAACUAAAGACACUUCGUGCGGAUGCAAAGAAGUUGGUCAUGUGUUUAGGAAGCUGCACCCCAGAGCCAACUGAAUUGACAGCAAUGGUAAAAACAUUCAAUAACAUCUACAUGGCAGGCUACCAGAUUUACCAGGUUCGUGGAGCAGUGAUGUUGAACCCUGACAUGCUAAAGGGUGUCUUUGCAAAUGUCAACGUGUUUCCGUUGAAGAUAAAGAGCGCGAGUCACAACAUCAUACGUCUUGCUGAGGAAGUGUUCGACAAAUUCGAAAAAGAAAUUCGUUGUCCUGCAUCAGACGUAGCAUAUUUACCAUUAUGUGACGAUUCACUAAAGCGACCGGUCAAACUUGACCUGUUCAUCCUGUUCGACGGUUCAGCCUUCACCGGUAAACUGGCCGCAGAUCCGUCUAAGGCGGUAGCUAAAUACAUCAUCGACCAUCUGAUCUUAAACAGCACUAAUACUCAACUUACCCUUUUGUACUACACACACCAAGUUAAAGCAGGAUACUUAUUAAAUGACCCAGAAAAAUUAGCAUUCAUCGAUCAGUUCCGGAAUUUGCCAAUCACCUUGCACCCACCAUCCAUGAAUCAAGCCCUGAGUGUGCUGAAUGAUAACUUAGAGACAAAGAAAAACGUUAGAAAUGGCACGAAGAAGGCUGUUCUGUUCUUAGGAAGCUGCACGCCCGUUCCUGCCGAGCAAGUCCUCAUUCAUGAAAACCUGAAACGCCUGUACCAUUCGGAUGUCAGGGUGUACGGCGUACCUGUCGGCCAACACGUGGAUAUGACAUACUUGCCCGAAAUUGUCUGGGAACAGAACCAGUUCUUGGUGACGAAGAACACAACUGUCAAUGCCAUUGGCAAGCUGAUCGUCGAUAGGCUUGCUAAUGAUAUCAGCUGUCCUGAAAACAAGGUGUAUGAACGGGGGUCCUGCAAUGACAUCCGUUGUGAGAAGCACCAAAAGUGGGAUGGGAAGAUGUGUGAAAAAAAUGAGCUCCGCAGUAAUCUUGAUCUUGUGGUGUUGCUGGAUGGCUCAACAUAUACGGGAUUAGCAGCUUUGACGAGAGGCAAACAAUUUAUCGCAGAGAUCCUCACAAACCACUUCACUCACCAAGAAUACGUUCACAUCACCCUCAUCUACGCUGGCGAUGUAAUUGCCACUUACAACUUCAAUGGCCUAUUCACGGCAGAUAGUGUCCGUGACCACAUAAAAACUGUCAUGGCUCUACCACCUGGUACCAAAGCAUCCAUGCUAGUCCGUGAUCUUAAAUACGUUGUAGCCAAACUUAAAAAUCGCGACGUCCAUUUGAAGACCCCGUUUGCGUUCCUGAACGUUGGAAGCUGCUCACCCGAGAAGAAAGAAUGGGCGGAUGCAUUCGAGUUGAUGGCGAGCAUCUAUAACAUGGGUAUCAGAGUGUACGCUGCACCUCUUGGGGUGACCUUGGACAAGGAAUUCAUUUACCAGACUGUAUGGGAGUUGAAUACGUUCUAUCUGAAUCAAAAGACUGAUUUGGCGAGCAUGGCGACUGAGCUAGCAUCCAGAGCUAAUGAAGACUCCAAGUGCAAGUAUGGUUAUGUGUCACCCAGAGGAAUCUGCGUCCCAAUCAAAUGCCGUGUUCGAUAUCGAUGGUUGGAUAAAAUGUGUGUCAAAAAGAUAUACGUGGCGAAUAAAAAGUUCGAUAUCUUCAUCCUCUUGGACGGUUCUGGCUACACGGGCGUGGAAAACUUUCACAAGGCACGCGCCUUUGUUAUGGAACUAGUACAGCUGUAUAAAGUAGGGAAGGACCACCUCCGAAUCAUUGUCAUCUACUAUGCUUCACAGGUUACAGUCCUGAGGAUAGGAUUCACCGUACCUAGCCAGAUCUUGAUUGAUAAGUUUAUACUGACUCUAAAACACCUGGAGGCAGAUAAAUACGCACCUCAAAUGGUAGCCCCAAUGGAUGAAUUGUUUCGAGAAAUUCAAAAGAUCCCAAAACGGCAAGCAGUACCGAGCGUGAUACUUCUUAUCGGGGCGUGUCGGCCCGUGCCAGGACAAGAAUUGCGCAUAAGGUCUCGCUUUAGAAAAUUGUACAAGGCUGGAAUCCGUGCCUAUACCAUUCCCUUGGGGAUCAUUCAGAGCAGGUAUUUCAGGAUGAGCAUCGUCCCGGAGCAGAAUAAUUUCCGGAUUCCACACAAUCAGAGCCAACAAAAGUUUCUCCAUUUUGUCCUCGACCGAAUGCAAAGGGAUGCCGGGUGCCCCAUUGGACAGGUUGCUCCGAAGGUUGCAUGCGAAGCCACCAAGUGCGAGAUCUACCAGAAGUGGGAUGGUAUCAUGUGUAAGGAUACAGUCACGGCAGGAAAGAGUGCCACAAAGAAAAUAGAUCUGUUUAUAAUGAUGGAUGCUUCCAUCUACACGGGGGAAGCUGGCGUCAGACACGCCAAGGAUUUCAUUGUACAGUUUAUGCAGAAUUUUCAAAUAGAUCAAACUGGAACACGACUUUUCAUCAUACGAUACGCUAAGAGUGUUGAAGUUCUAGAGGUGGCAACACUGACACCUGAUAUUACUAAGAAAGUGGAGAAUCUGAAUUACGAGCCAGCUAAGCCUGACAUGAUGAAGGCAAUGAUUGCAUUGAAUUCGGUACUGCGAACCAGCACUAACGUCAGGAGGGAGAAGGAUGUACACAAAGCUAUACUUUACAUAGGUAGCAUUCGAGCCCGGGAGGUUGCCGCAGCCUGGACAAUCUUAGCCUACUUCACUCAACUUUACAGACAGAAGAUCCGACAGUACGGACUCCCGCUCGGACAGCCGGCGCUGCAAUGGUUGAAGUUCCUCAUCUGGGAGCAGAAUACAUUCCAUGUGUCGAAGGUGAACACCAUCCACCACCUAGUGAGGCUAAUCGGAGUGAGGGUACAGGAAGAUACAACUUGCAAAUGGAACGAAAUUGACGAAAGAGGAAGCUGCAGGCGAAUUACUUGCUAUCCGGGCUUUAAAUGGGAUGAGAAAAAAGGAAUGUGUCUUAAAGGAAAAGGCUUUGAAUUCAAGUUAGAUGUGAUUAUUCUCUUGGACGGGUCAAAGUUUACAGGGAAGGCAAACCUAGAGAAGAUGAAAGUCUUCCUCAUAACUCUGCUGGAAAUGCGAGGCUUCUUCAACAGCGAUAUCCGAAUUAUUCUCAUCUUCUACGGCCAGAAGCCACAUGUCCUACUAAUGGACAACAUCAAGUCGACCAAGACUUACAUAGGUCAGAUAAAUGCUUUGAAAAUGUUAAAUGAGUUACCUAACAUGGCCAUUGCGGCGGACGCUGCCCACCUAUUCCUUCGCAAAAAAUGGAAGAUAAGACCGGGCCACGUUGGGAAGGUCGUACUCUACAUGGGGAGUUGUAAACCGGGCUCAGCGGAGGACGCCGCCGCCGUGACCAACAGUAUGUCAGCCAUGUACAAGGAAGGAGUUCGGCAGUAUUCCAUCCCAUUUGGCCUUGUACCGGAUGAUCAGUUCCAGCGCCACGUGUUCUGGAAAGAAGCAGUGUUUAAGUUUACCAUGGCCAAAGGAACGACUGCUGAGAGAGAUGUUGCACAUCUUCUGAUGAGGCUGCGAGCAGAUUCUACUUGCAAGCAUAUGAAUGUCAUGCGUGGAUCAGAUUGUAAACAUGCAACUUGCGCCUACGGACUGUCCUUCCGUGGACCCCUUUGUCACGAACCACCAAGUCCGUUCAAUACAAUUUUACUCUGUCCUCGAGGAACGAGAUACACACCGCAUGGUUGUAUUGGACUACAAACUGCUCCAUGUCCACCGCCUUUCCAGAAGACCGAGACGGGAUGUAUCUAUCAGUGUCCAGUGAACACAAUGAAGGUCGGACAGACAUGCGUUGCCAAGGGUGUCGGUGGGGCCAAGGGCACAGAUGACUGCAAGAAAACCCAUGAUGGAAAAACAUACAACGGCAAAGUGUCCAAGACAAGAAGCGGCAGGAACUGUCAGAGUUGGGCUUCACAAGUGCCGCACAAACACACUGAGAAUGUAUCAAACUUUCCCGAUGGGACCCUCGCCAAGGCAUCAAACUAUUGUCGUAAUCCGAGUGGUGCUCCGGAGGGUCCAUGGUGCUAUAGCACAGAUCCUGCUGUUCCAAAGGAGUACUGCAAUGUUCCCUUGUGCAGGGUCUUGGGAAGCGGAGGGAAGCUAUUUUCUGGGUGUCCACCAGGAUUCGACCGCACUUCAAAAGGCUGUUUGCUACAGUGUCCUUCUGGAUAUGUUAGAAAAGACGGCAAGUGCGUUACCGCACCCAAGACGACAAAGAAACCAACAACAAUGCCAGGUUUGCCAAAAGUGGGAAUGGCCACACCUCCUGGCCCACCAAAAGCAGCAGCACCAGCACCAAAACCUGCUGGCCCUCCAACGGUAGCGUCUGCUCCAACGGCAAAACCGGCUGUGCCGAAUGUUCCACAUCCGCAUUCAGUGAAAACAGCGUUUCCGAGGGUGGCAAAAGCACCGGCCAUGCUAAUAACGACAACAACCUUGAAACAGCUUCUGAAUCCACAGCAACCGGCCAUCACAACCGCAGUUCCAAAGCAAGGUCCAUGCCCACCACAUCAUGAAUUCACCACCAAAGGAUGUGUGCUGCAGUGCAAGCCAGGAGAAUCAAGAGUUAAAGGAGUCUGCAGAAAAGCCACGCAUCUGUCGUGUCCCCCAGGAAACAAACCUUCACCCAAAGGAUGCAUACCUACCAGCGGUAUCAAGUGUCCACCAAACUUCCAACCGGACGCACACGGCCAGUGUGUGCUGAAAUGCCCGACCGGAUAUGUCAGAACACAUGAUGGUUGCCACUUCAAAGCAACUUGCCCAGGCGGGCUAACUCUGUUACAUGGGAAAUGCAUAGCAAACAACCAAUACGCCGAUAUCGUCAUAGCGAUCGACCAAUCUGCGGAUCUCGGCAGCGUGAACCUGGCUCUGGUGAAGUCUUUCGUAGAAUUCUUCAUCCACGGUUUGGACAUCAGCAAAGACAAGAUGCGAGUGGGCGUGGUCGGCUUCAGUAACAACGUCUACAUCUACGGAUACCUCGACUCCUUCAAUGACAAGAAGGAGAUUCCUCUACGGCUGAUGUCGAUGAAGACUUUGGCCGGCCACGCUGACAUGGGGAAGCUGUUCCACUUCGUUGGGUCAUCUAUGUUUAAGACUAAAGGCGCUAGGGCUGGUGUGCAGAAGAUUCUGAUCAUUCUAGGAGGCGGGAAGUCUAUCAACCCAGCAAACGCCGCCAAGGAAGCAGCAGCGUUGAGGAAUCAUGCAAGGAUUUUCUACGUUGGUGUUGGGACUCACAUUGACCCGCAACAGCUGUGGGGCUUGACCUAUCAGGGUUACUGGUUCAUUGUCAAGCCCUCGGACUUGCUGGGUAUAGUAAGCAUCAUGGUAGAGAAGAUGGUCCUAGACCUCCGCUGCCAUAUUGGUUACCAAAUGGUAAAGUCAACCUGCUUCAAGAUGUUUAUCCAAUUCGUCUGCCCUACUGGAAUGGCGCGACAUGGUCACACCUGUACAUUCUAUCGGUGUCCUCCUGAUUACGUGCACGCUUCUGGAAUCUGCCUUCCUUCAAACUACCAACGGUUCUGUCCACCUGGUUACCUGUGGUCCAGCAUGGGACACUGCAGCGUGGCACCACACACGAUCUGCCCGCUUGGAACUCAGCAAAGCGGAUAUCGAUGCGCAGAUGUCGCCUGUUAUCACGGUUUGAUGAAGUAUGGACAGGUCUGUGCACCAACACUGUCACCAUUUCAACCACAUCCGUGGAUGCACCACCCUGUAGACCCGUUGGUUCACCAACCGCACCCGGCUCACGUCCUACAACGAAUCACUUGCCCACCUAACACAGUUACAGUGGGUUUCAAGUGUAGGGUACCAUGUCCAGCAAAUUCAGUUAUCGUGGGAGGUCAGUGCAAGGCGGUUGGACAAGGCAUAAAACCGAUUGCACCUGGGGUCUGUCCAGCAGGAUACAUUCUCCAGAAUUCAUUGUGCUCACAGACGAAGGUGGUCUUAAAUUCCACUUUAGUGUCACCAACUCACGCUUGGUCGUUGUACAAACAUCGUCCAAAAGUUGUAAUGGCAGCUCCUCCCCCGAAGCAAGUGCCACCGCCGCCACUGACUGAGGCUGAGAGGGAGCAAAUGAAGAUUUUGAGGAGAUCAAAGGGCCACAAUUCCGGAGCUGCGAGUGACCAACAGCAAGCAUCAACUCCAACGAAAAACCCACACGAAACGGUGGCAAUGCCAACGAAACAAGCUCAACCAAAAAGGAGUAAACACGCAUUUCCAUUGCUUUCAAAUGACGUUCCAAGAAAGCCUGCAAACCAGGACCCCGAUGCCUUGCAAAAGAUAUUGGCUGAGAUAGUCUCUGAUGAGUUUCGACUACCCCAGGAUCAAUCAAAGGGUGAAUCCACUGGAACAGCCAAACCUCCUGGUUAUGUAAAAUUGUCAAGCCCCAAAGAGCCCACUUUGCAGUCGCCACUUCAGAUACCAGCUGCCAAGGCCUUCACGACAGGGAAGGUCACUUCGGCACUAAAGAGGGGCGUGACUGUUCCAGCAGAACCAUACAAGGCUGGUAAGGGUCCUCCUGGAUUCAAUGUUAGAGCGGCGAUGGACAAGAAGAAAAUUGCAAAGAAACGUAUUGGUGAUCAUGAGGAUAUAUUCCAUGUGCGACCACCUAAGCCAUCCAGAUUCUCACCCUUGGGUAUAGGGGAACCAAAAGAUCAAAUUGCACCUGUCGACCGGCAAAAGUCACAACAGCUCCAUUCUCAUAUUCAUACUGUACGAAAUCGGACUUUCAAAGGUCAGUCUCACGUCAAGGUGUUGGACUUCGUCAACCAGAGAGUCGGGGCCAAACCAAAGUUAGUUGGUCAAGCCAGUCAAAAGAUUCAACGAAAACCCCCCACAAAUUUGACGCCGGCCAAGAGGCAAUCCUCGAAUGUUGCAGCACAAAGACCUCAGUCACCAAUAGCGAGAGUACCUGGACCAGCGUCACCACUUCAGAAUGUUCCACAAAAACCGCCAAUUAAACCAGUUUCGGGUGAAACAAUUCGGCCGCUACGGCCAACCUUUUUGACCGCAACUCCCAAGGUCUUGAAUGUGGUAGCUCCGAAAAAGAUUGCUUCGACACCAAGAGAGAUCAGGUAUUCAAACUUUGUGGCUCCAAUUGGCAAGCAGAAACCUUCGCUGAAAAUACCAAAGCCUUCGGGUGCAGUUGUUGGGCAGACACCUGCAAAUUCGCCGCUGAAGAAGCCAGUGCAAUUUGGAGCUCCUCGGAGCAAGAUCAAUCCACCAAGGAGAGUCAUGCCACCUAAGUCACCCAUGCUCAAUAAUGACCCUGUUGCUUCGUCGAUACCGAACAUCCCACAGGUACCAGGGAAGGAGGUGCCAGACAAGAAUGCACCACAUCAAGCAAAACAGGCUCCUUCAUUGGCAGGGAACCUAUUGUAA